AUGGCGCUGGACGCACCCAGCGGGUAUGUUGCUCCCAGCAACCUCGCUGAAACCACCGAUUCGCUCCCCAUGUUCGAUGUCCAACAUGUGCAGCUCCAGUUCUCAAUUGCUGCCGACUUUGUCGCCGCGCAGGUUGCCAAUAAUGUGUUGAUUCUGGCUUUAUCCACGGGCAGGAUUCUCCGGAUUGAUCUGGAUACGCCAGAGGAUAUUGAUGAUAUCGAUCUUCCUAAGAAGUCUUCGGAAAUAGGAAUUAUUCGUCGCAUGUUCCUUGACCCGUCUGCGUCGCAUUUGAUCGUUACCACGACCCUGGGCGAGAACUACUAUCUUCAUACGCAAUCGAGACAACCCAAGCCACUCACACGGUUAAAAGGCGUUUCGAUCGAGAGUAUUGCUUGGAAUCCUUCAAUACCAACCGCGUCGACAAGGGAAAUACUGUUAGGCACUACUGAUGGAAAUGUCUACGAGGUCUACAUCGAGCCGUCAACCGAGUUCUACCGCCGCGAAGAGAAAUACGUCACCCCCGUUUACAAAGUACCCGAGGCGCCAGCAGUAACAGGGGUAUGGGCAGAUAAUGUACCGUCGAAGCCUGAGCAGAAACGAGUUCUGGUCGCAACACAUGGCAAACUGAUGUACUUCUUGGGUCGUGCGGAGCGACAAGGAAGAGAAGGUGGGGGCUCGAUAUAUGCAGACUUCUUCCAGCGGGAAGCACCAGUUGUUCAUGAGACACAGAAGCCGUCGAGCUCUGUACCAUCUGUUCUGGCUGUUUCGCCUGGUGGAUCUGAUGGUCACCAUGCAGACGGCCCUUCUGAUACGGAAUUUGCCUGGCUUAGCUCGCAGGGUGUGUAUCAUGGCCAGCUUCCGUAUGCACAGGAGAAAACACACCAGCCAUUUGAAGAGUCGCGGAUGCUCCCGCGAACCAAAUUUCCAGCUUCUGAGUCUGCUCGAGGUGGCAGAAAAUUGAUCCAAGAUCCUAUUACUGCAAUGACGUUGACGCAAUGGCACAUCUUGACCCUCGUAGAAGGAAAGAUCGUCGCUGUCAACCGGAUGAAUGAAGAGAUUGUCUAUGAACAAUCAGUACUGGAACCAGGGCAGAGAGCCCUGGGGUUGUUGACGGACUCGAUGCAGAACACAUUCUGGCUGUUCACUGGCCAGGAUAUUUACGAGAUUGCUGUAGACGACGAGGAUAGAGAUGUUUGGAAGGUCUUCCUACAGAGACAGAUGUUUGAUGAAGCACUCAAAUAUGCCCGUGGAAGCGCCCAGAAGGAUGCUGUCGCAACGGCAUCCGGUGACUAUCUGGCCAGCAAAGGCCGUUACUCGGAAGCAGCCAAAGUAUGGGGCAAGAGUAGCAAGGGGUUUGAAGAGGUGUGCCUGACGCUGAUCAACCGUGGAGAGCAUGAUGCACUGCGAAAAUAUCUGCUUUCUCAAUUGUCGAUAUACAAGCGAUCGUCGUCGAUGCAGAGGAUCAUGGCCACAAGCUGGCUGGUAGAGGUGUUUAUGUCCAAGUUGAAUUCUUUGGAUGAUAAUGUCGCCACCAGAGCCGAGCUGGCCGAGGGCGCCAGCGCAGAAGAAGUUCAUGAACAAUUGAACAGUGUGCGAACCGAGUUCCAGGAUUUCGUGAACAAGUACAAAACGGAUAUGGACCAGAAGACGGUAUACGACAUCAUUAGCAGCCACGGCCGAGAAGAAGAACUGCUCUUCUUUGCAGCAGCGGUUAAUGACCACAACUACGUCCUUUCGUAUUGGAUCCAACGGGAGAAAUGGACCGAUGCGCUUAAAGUGCUGCAAAAGCAGAGUGAUCCCGAUGUGUUCUACAAGUACAGCAGUGUUCUCAUGACGCAUACGGCGACGGGGCUGGUGGAUAUCCUGAUGCGACAGACAAAUCUGGACCCAGAGAAGCUGAUACCAGCAUUGCUAAACUACAACAAAACCGUCAGUGCGCCACUUAGCCAAAACCAAGCAGUCCGGUACCUCAACUUCAUCAUCGUCAACCACCCCAAGCCCUCAGCAGCGGUGCACAACACCUUGAUUUCCAUCCACGCAUCAAGUACCUCAUCCUCAGAGGCCGGCCUCCUCACAUACCUCCAAUCCCAACCCUCAACACCACCCCCCUACGACGCAGACUUCGCCCUACGUCUCUGCAUCCAAAACCAGCGCGUCCAAUCAUGCAUCCACAUUUACAGUACAAUGAGCCAAUACCUGCAGGCCGUCGAACUCGCCCUAAAACACAACGACAUCGACCUCGCCGCCAUCGUCGCCGACAGACCUGAGGGCAACAACAAGCUCCGCAAACGUCUGUGGCUGCUCGUCGCAGAGAAGAAAAUCCGGCAACCGGGAACUAGCAUCAAAGACGCGAUCGAAUUCCUGCGUCGCUGCGAACUCCUCCGCAUCGAAGACCUCAUCCCCUUCUUCCCCGACUUCGUAGUCAUUGACGACUUCAAAGAUGAAAUAUGCACCGCACUGGAAGACUACUCCCGUCACAUCGACGCUCUCCGCCAGGAAAUGGACAACUCUGCGCAUACAGCGCGACAAAUCCGCUCCGAAAUCGCCGCCCUAGACACCCGCUACGCGAUAGUCGAGCCUGGUGAAAAAUGCUGGAUCUGCUCGUUACCCGUUCUUAGUCGGCAGUUCUUCGUGUUCCCGUGUCAGCAUGCGUUCCAUAGUGACUGUCUUGGUAAAGAGGUUCUAGAGGGGGCGGGCGGGAAGAAGAAGUAUAUUCGCGAUUUACAAGCGCAGUUGGGGAAUGUUUCUGGGACGAAGAGAGAGGAUAUUGUUAGGGAGUUGGAUGGGAUUGUUGCGGAGGCUUGGUAG